GAAUGCGUCAUCUCCGCCGUGACGACGAACGAUAGAGAAACACCGGCCUACCCCAUCCCGGAGGUAAACAGGCGAGGCCUGGGGGCGAUGACGUGCUGAUUACCAUCGCUCGACCGCGUGACGAGCCGCGUAGCGCCCCAGGGCAGGACCGGCCGGCCGGGGCGGCGCAGGUGGAAUUCCCAGUGCUGGGCCGGCGGCCCUCUGCCAGAACUCCGCACCACGGCGGCUGGGGUCGGAUUGGUUAGUGACGGAGCAGAGCUACCGCCGACCGGCCGCCGACCGCGACACUUCCCCGGGACACAGGUUUAAUGAUGAAGGUCGCAUUUGGACUUUUGGCCUUGGUUUGUGCGGCGGUUGCGGCCCCUGCUCCUCAGUUUGGUCGUCGGCCAGUCUUCGGAGGGGCUUCCAGCCGAGGUCGGCCUUCCGUCAAUAAUGUCAGCGCUCAGGUCACCAAUGUCAACCAAAACCGUCCGGAUACGCUCAGCUUCAACGGCGGAUUGGCGCUCGCUUCCAGUAACUCGGUGGGCGCUUUUGGCACCAAUAUCGCUGUGAAUCACGCUCAGGCAAUCAGUCAGAACAUCGCCAUUCCUGUGCCCCAGGGCUUCAACGCUGUCAGUAACAACCGCUUCAAUAACCGAAAUUUCGGCUAGACGUAGGGCUCAGGGGUCUGCGAUGGAAGGAGGCUGACCUUCGUACUGAGGACGGAGUCUGACCUUUGUAGAGGACUGAGACUGACAUUCGCAACAUACGAGGAAGGAGUCUGAUCCUUACAAGAAAAGGAGUCUGACCUCUACUGGGGUUAGACUAUGUAGAUCAGAUGGCGGCGCAAGAAAGACUGGCUUUUGUAGGUUCGGCCGGCGACAAACGCGAGGAGGUGCUUCCUUGAUAAAAAGAUGAAAGAAAUAUUUAUCAAGGCACACCAUGUGUGCUGAAGAAGGUUUACAGAAAAUACAAUCACACCGAGUCUUGUACGUCAUGUGCGAUGCAAUGAAAAUGUCAAGCACCGACCAUUGUGUUUUACAUAUUUUUGGUACAAUUUACGCGUUGACAUGGCCAUAUUGAUUGUGUGCUCGAAAAUGUUUUUAGUAAUAAAGACAGAAGAAAACGA